AUGAGUGCAAUUGUGACAAGAUUGGCGGAACCAGUUCUACAUCACGUAAUUACUUGUCAAACAGCGCACGAAGUGUGGAGUCGGCUACACAGUAUUUAUGAAAAAAGUGGAGAAACUUCACUGAUGCUACAACAACAACGAUUCGUUGCCCUAAAAUUUGAAGAUGACAUGAGUGUCGCGGACUUCAUCUCCAAAGUGCAGGAGCAGCAGCAGACCUUGAAACGACUGGGAGAAGCGGUAACCGACAGGAUGGCUAUGUCGAAGAUCAUCAUGUCACUUCCACUGAAGUAUGCUCACUUUGUUAGUGCUUGGGAAUCGUGUGCACAAGAAAAACAGACUAUGGACAACUUAACGGCACGGCUUUUGGUAGAAGAAGAACGGCUUAAUAAUAAGUGUAGUAGUAAGGCAGAAGAAAGUGUAGCAUUGUUUUCUAAAGGUCAAAAAGGUACAAAUAAAGGUAAUUUUAAAUGUUUUUUAUGUCACAAGCCAGGUCAUUUAAAGAAAGAUUGCAAGCUUAAAAAUGUUUGUUUUAAAUGUAACAAGCCAGGUCAUUUUAAGGAUAAAUGUAAAGCUAGUAAAAAUGAUAAGAAAGAUAAAAAAAAUAGUGACACAGGUAAUAAGAAAACUGAAAGUGCUUUUGUAUCUACAGUGCUAGUUAGUGCAAGUGAUCGAUCAAUAGAUGAAAAAUGGUUAGUAGACAGCGGUGCUAGUCACCAUAUGACAUAUCAGAAGGAAUUAUUUUGUGAAUAUGAAAAAUUAUCUACUCCUAAAGUUGUUAUUAUAGGCGAUGGACGAAAGCUAAAUGCUUUAGAGAAAAAUGCAGUGGAAAUAGUGAGAGAUGUUACGUUUGUGAAGAAACAUAAUAAACCUGAAAGAGAAGAGCAGGAAGAAAAGUGUAUAUAUUUAGAUAUAGAAGAAAACCUGAACAAUGAAGAAUACCAGUCUGAGUCGGAUACUGAAGGAAGUGUAGAAUUCGAGGAUUGUCAGGUCAAUGACAAUAUGAUGCAAGAAGUGGAAUUUCUAGAAGAGGAAAUUUUAGAGCAUGAAGAAAUUCAAGAAGUAAAUGAAAGUAUGCCAGUAAAUUUAGAAAAUACUAGAAGAACACGCUCUAGAAAAGCACCUAACUGGUUUCAUGACUAUGAAGUUGGUUUUAUAAGCGUGCAUAAUGAACCUAGUACUUUAAAAGAAGCCAUGGAAUGCGAAGACAAAGAAAAUUGGAUAGAAGCUAUGAACAGAGAAAUAACUACAUUGAAAGAAAACAAUACAUGGACUGAAGUAGCGAUGCUGCCCAAGGGGAUAAAGGCAAUAAACAAGACGAGUGGUUUGAAUGAGCAUCAGUUGACCGUGACGGUUCAAAGUGAUCUUCGUGUAAAAAAUUCAGCACAGACCUCGUUGACAAUGAAUACGUUGGUGGUGUUGAGUGUGAUUUUUGCCGUUUCCGUAGCAGCUCCAUAUAAUAAAAAUGGACAAGCAGAAGAGAAGCCUUUAGAUGACCGUGUAUUAGACAAAAGGUCUAUCGGCCAUAUUGUCUAUUCCAAUACUGGUACUGGUCUUGUGGAAACUUACUUAGAGCCACAUUUUAGCUACGCUGUCCCUGCUGCCGCGUACGUAGUUCCUUCGGCUGUUUCGCACCAAUCUCGAGUGGACGUACACUCUUCACCGGCUAUAGUUUCCACCAAGACUAAGCCUGAAAGUGUUUUAGUAGCGACCGUUCCAUCUGCAUAUGUGCCUACUGUAUACUCUGGAGCUUCAGCUGUAUCCCAUCAAUCUCGGGUGGAUAUUAAGAGUUCACCUGCCAUUGUUACUGAGCAAGUACUUCAACCAACAUAUUUUGCAACUUCACACUUAGUCCAGGCGCCUGCUGUAUUCGAAGAAGCACCAACUGUUGUUGAUGCUCGUUCUCUGUACGGCGCCCCUGUUGCCACUGUCUACUCUAGUGGUAUUUGG